GACACACCACCAAUCAGGACUCGUUUAUGGCGCAGAUAUUGUCAACAAAAGUUCUGGAUUUGGGGCUAUUGGAGUUGAUCGUCCGAGAGCUAACCCCACACUACAGACAUGACUAAACAGACGGUUCAAUCACAGACGGAUCAAUGCGUCAACCAGGGAGGAUUAUGGGACUCUAUGAAGAAGGCAGCCUUCAUCAUUGGCUCAAGCCUCUUCUUCCUGGUGGCGUUCCGGAACUCUGUGAUGUGGCAUCUGCAGCGGUUCUGGGGUGCGUCUGGAGACUUCUGGCAGACCCAGUGGAGUAAUCUCCUGCUCCACUUUGAAGGUCGCGAGACAACACUCUUCUUCUUGGGGACCAUGCUGGUUCCCACCGCUAGCUUCUGGUUGUUGAAUGGACUCUUCAUGUUGGCUGAUUCCACUGGAAAGCCCAACUUCAUCACACGCUACCGAAUCCAGCAGGACAAAAACAACCCGGUGGACCCUCAGCGUCUGCGCCACGCGGUGUUGACGGUGGUGAGGAACCAGGUGUUCCUGUCGGCUCCGCUGGUGGUGCUCACCUACAUGGCCAUGAAGGCCACCGGAGACCCCAUGAGCCCCCAGCUGCCCCUCUUCCACUGGGUGCUGCUGGACCUCAGCCUCUGUGGCCUGCUGGAGGAGGUCAUGUUCUACUACUCACACAGGUUGUUCCACCACCCUGCUAUUUAUAAGCACAUUCAUAAGAUCCAUCAUGAGUGGACGGCUCCUAUUGGGGUAGUUGCCCUCUAUGCACAUCCUCUCGAACAUGUGCUGUCCAACAUGGUGCCCGCUCUGAUUGGGCCGGUGCUGCUGCGCUCCCACCUGACCACCACGGUGCUGUGGUACACGCUGGCCCUGCUCAUCACCACCAUCUCCCACUGCGGCUACCACCUGCCCCUGCUGCCCUCGCCCGAGUUCCACGACUACCACCACCUCAAGUUUAAUCAGUGUUUCGGUGUUCUGGGUGUGUUGGAUCGUCUCCACGGCACAGAUGACAAGUUCCGUCAGACGAAAGCAUACGAGCGACACGUACUCCUGCUCAACCUUACACCCCUCACACAAACCGUCCCUGAACCUCCCAAGAAGGCUCAGUGAACACACACACACACACACACACACACACACACACAAUCUCAGAACUCUCACAUGACACACACAUACACUCAAGAAUACCUUAAUCCAUAGACACCACACACACACACACACACACACACACACACACACACUCACACACACACACAUAUACACAUAGAGAGAGAGAGAGAGAGAGAGAGAGUUAUUUGUACAUUAUACCAUACACACACACUAAUACUUUCCGUUAUGAACUAGAACAAUAAGAGCAGAGGUUAGAUACUAUUUCCUAAAACCUUCUUCUGUUCCAUGUGGUUCUUUCUCUAAUACCUAUUCUGUGUAUGUAGUGUCUAUGUACACUAGCACAAAAUGCAAAGCCGUCUUCACACACACACACACACACACACACACACACACACACACAGUUAGACUGGAAAAAGAAUCAGUGGCCAUUGAGGCAUUUUACUAUGUGUACAGUCCCGUGCUAAUUUUAGAAUGUUUAAUGAGAUGACGCACCUCUGCACUUUGGCCUUUGGAUUUACUCCUAAUUGUCAUCUCGUAGUCACACUAACAGUCUUUGUACUUUAUCAAACAGAUGUUCUAUUUUUCUCUGAAUCAAAAAAAGCACUUAAUUUCACAUGUACAGCAGGCUAUUGUGGGGAUUUUAAGAGGAGGAUCUGUUGAGUGGAUCGUUUCUUACUGUAAUCUUUUUUGUGGGAUUGUAUAGUUGAGAAUGAUGGCGCGUCCUGGGACGCUGAAGCCAUGGUCUUUGUAGUGUAAAUCCAACCUCAUCGCAGUGUCUUUUACGAUUAAAAUAUUUAACUUUGAA